AUGCGUGACAUUGCCGAGCACCGCUACAUCGCCACCAGAGAUUUCGCCAAGCUGCACGCCAACGAGGUUGUCAUCCACGGCGGGAGCGACCACGAAGACCACGCCGACCUGCAGCACCGCAUCCAGCAGACAGUACGACGACACGGCGACAACUUCGACAUCGCCAG